AAGCAUUAUGCAUGUGAAAUGACAAGUAAGAUCAACUCCUUACAUUUCUCAUAUAAAUAGAGACAUUAUGAAACUAUGAAGCAUUUAAUUUGCUUCAUUUCUUAAUUUAAGCCAUGAGAGGGCAAACAUUUUUUUUAAUCGUUAUCUUUAUUGCAUUUGUGAUAUGCAAAAGGACUCCCCGUAAAGUCAGAAGAUUACCAGAUGGGCUAUUACUUGGUUCAGCAACCGCGGCCUAUCAAGUGGAGGGUGGAUGGAAUGAAGACGGUAAAACAGAAAAUAUUUAUGAUCAUCUGACGCACACUGAUCCAUGCUUUGCGGUAGAUUGUUCAAACGGUGAUGUAGCGGCAAACUCCUACCACUUCUACAAAAGGGAUAUUGAAAUGCUUAGAGAACUAGGCGUUGAUUUCUAUAGAUUUUCAAUCUCUUGGACUAGAAUACUACCAACAAGCUUUCCCGAUACAAUCAAUCAGGCUGGUGUUGAUUAUUAUAAUAAAUUAAUUGAUGAACUCCUAAUGUAUAAUAUUCAACCAGUAGUUACUAUUUUUCAUUGGGAUCUACCCCAGAAAUUACAAGAGCUCGGUGGUUGGACUAAUCCCCAGAUAGUCGAAUGGUAUGGAAACUAUGCUAGAGUUAUUUUUAGUCUUUUCGGAGAUAGAGUGCAGCAUUGGGUAACAAUUAAUGAGCCACAACAAAUUUGCCAGUGGGGUUAUGGAUCAUCAGAAUUAGCACCAGCAUUAAACCUAAGCGGGGAAGCAGAUUAUAUGUGUGUAAAGAACCUACUCUUAGGACAUGCACGAGCUUAUCAUAUUUACGAUGAAGAAUUCAGACCUAUACAAGAUGGUACAAUAUUCAUAUCAAUUAGUUGCGACUGGUAUGAACCUGCCAGUGAUACUGAUGAAGAUAUUCAAGCGGCAUACGAUGUUAACCAAUUCAUGUGGGGCCUGUAUGUUCAUCCAAUAUUUUCCAAACGCGGCGAUUACCCUGACGUUUUGAAGAAAAGGAUAGGCGAAAUGAGUAAGAAGCAGGGUUUCCUGGACUCCAGAUUGCCUGAAAUGUGGCAAGACGAAAUAGAUUACAUCCAAGGAACUUCUGAUGUAUUCGGUCUAAACCAUUAUUCUACACAUUAUGCAUAUAGAAAUGCCUCCACUGCAAAGUACUUUAGUCAAUUUACUAAGCCGUCAUUCGAAGCCGAUUAUGAUGCAUUGACAUAUCAACUACCUGAAUGGCAAAUUGGAAAAUCUAAUCUUACUAUGUACGUACCAUGGGGCUUCUACAAACUCCUUACAUACAUAAGAAAACAAUUUGACAAUGUACCAGUGUUCGUAUCAGAAAAUGGAUUGGCCACUCACGGUGGGUUGAAAGACGACGAUAGAGUGGCGUACUACCGUGGAUACAUGGCUGCCAUGUUAGAUGCCAUAGAUGAGGGUUCAAAAAUAAUAGGAUACACGGUUUGGAGCCUUAUGGAUAAUUUUGAAUGGAAACAUGGAUAUACCGAACGAUAUGGGAUCUAUCAAGUCGAUUAUAAGAAUCCGGCGAGACCUCGCAUUCCUCGAAAAUCUGCGUAUGUCUUUAAAGAGAUUAUCAGAUCUCGCACCAUUGAUAUGAAUUACAAACCUGACAUGUCUAUACCUAUGUCUGUUUAUUAUUAAUUAUAGACAGACCAUAUUUUAAUAACUGUUUAUGUAAUUUAUUGGAAUAAAUGAAUUUCUUUUAUCGA